AUGACCGGCAGGUGCAUCCUCCAAAUCGCUCUCUUGGUGUGUUUCUUCACCACCGCGCAUUCCGUGAGCUACAAGUUGCUUGGAUUCCAACUAAGAAGCAGCAGUUUGGAGUGUCAGGAGCUCCUGGUGAACUUGAACAGAACCUCUAAAUAUUGCCUCAAGGACAGGAUGAACUUCGAGGUCCCUGAGGAGAUUAAAAAAUCACAGCGGUUCCAGAAAGAGGAAGCCAUAUUGGUCAUCAACGAGAUGUUCCAGAAGAUCUUUAAUAUUUUCAGUAGAAGCACCUCUAGCACGGGAUGGAAUGAGACCACUGUUGAGAAUCUCCUUGCGAUACUCCACUGGCAGAAGGAACACCUGGAAACGAUCCUGGAGGAAAUCAUGGAGGAGGAAAACUUCACCUGGGACAAUACGACCCUUCUGCACCUGAAGAAAUACUACUUAAGGAUCGUGCGGUACCUGAAGGCCAAGGAGUACAGCGUCUGUGCCUGGACAGUAGUCCACGCAGAAAUCCUCAGGAACUUUUUCUUCCUUGAGAGACUUACAGAUUAUCUCCAAAACUGAAGCUCUCCCAGCCUGUACCUCUGGGAACGGACGAUGCUGGCAAUGGAUUCAGGGAUUCUUCGACU